AUGCUGUUUAAGUCCUUGGGAUUGCUUCUCCUGCUGACUGGUCAGGCAUGGGGUCAGUCCUUUAGUAUUCCUGUUUACACCGUUGGAAGUAUUGUCUCGGCUCUAACUGGAGGUGGUGGCGGCGGAGGAGGAGGUGGUGGUGGUGGAGGCGGUGGUGGAGGAGGUGGUGGAGGAGGUGGUGCCUCAAGUAGUAGUGGCGAGCAAGCUGCGUACGCAGCGACCCUGAGUCAGUACUAUAACAGCCAACUGCAGCAGUACCACCAAGCUCAGGCUGCUUACAACGCGUAUUUAUUUAGCCUCUAUGCGGCCGCGUCCGCGGCUGCAGCUGCAGCUGCGGCUACGACCACUACAGUUGCUCCUGACACAACUACGACUGCAGCUACAACCACGACCACAGAAGCUCCAAGCACCUCUACUGCUGUGUCUACAACGGCAGCAUCUGGCGUUACCUCUACUGCCGUAGCCACAACGGCAGGGCCCGGUACCACCUCAACUGCCGUAACCUCCGAUCCCAAUACCACGACCACAUCAACGACCACGACCACUACCACAACCACGACUACGGAGGCUCCUUCAACCUCUACCGCUGUUGCGCCCGCGGACACGAACACCACUUCCACGGCGGUGGCGAAUGCCCGGAUUCAAACAACUCCUCUGCCCUACCACUAUGCGCCCAGCUUACUGAUCAGUCCCUACGAUAUGCACCGGAUCAGUUCCAACCCUAUUUACGUCCGAAACUCAGCUGCAUCUUCAGCUCAGUCCUCGCCUGUAUAUAUUCCGUACGAAAACAUUUACCGUGGCGGACAGGCAGCUCCUUACUUCGUAUACGGAAAGAAAUAG